CAGACCGAAGUCCAAUUCGUGCCUUUAAACCCUGUCGAAUUUGAGUUCUGCGCUAAUUACUUGAAUACCAACAAGCCCUCCGUUCAUCAGAUCUCGUUUAGGGAUUGGUGCGCUCAAUCCUGUAAGGUCUGGUUCUGGUGUUGGUCGACUACCUGCCCCAUCUCAACCUUGUUGGAUGAACCAAUUGCAAUAGGCAGCGUUAGCAAGGUACUGGAGCUGCCUCUGCGAUGCCCUCUGCCCCUAGCGCAGAAUUUGUUAUCCUCUGCCUUUACGUUAUGAGGCGAUUUAUGCCUUUCGUGGCGAUCAGCUUGUCCGUCUGAAAUUCGGCCCAUGCACUGGGGGUAUAUAUGUGCCAGUGCUGCGGUUAAGAUGUUCCACCCUAAGCUCCUUGGACAGGAUUAAAGCCCACCCCGGGAGUCUGAGACGUUGUAAAGCGAUCGCUGCACAGAUGAUGGCUCGUUCUUGUAUCCCCCUAAUUCUUCUACUCAUUCAGUUCUCAUCUCUCGUCCAAGGGAUUCAGUGGUUCUUGUCAGACACAUACAUUGGAGACUCCUUUUUCUCCGGUUUUACCCACGAGGCAAUCGCGGACCCUACGCAUGGCCGCGUGCAAUACGUUGACGAAGCCACCGCAAAAAGCAAUAAUCUUUCGUGGGCAAGCGCAACUAAGUUUCGCAUCAGAGCCGAUUGGAGAGCCAAGCUUUCACCAAAUGGGCCAGGGCGCAAGUCUGUCCGUUUGCAGAGCCGGAAGGAAUGGGGCGUUAGCACCAUCGUUGCAGAUAUAACUCAUAUGCCCAGAGGUUGUGCGACUUGGCCGGCAUUCUGGACGAAUGGACCUAAUUGGCCCAACGGAGGAGAGAUCGAUAUCAUAGAAGGAGUUAACGAUGGCGGUCCAAAUCAGUCGACAUUGCAUACUGGCCCAAAUUGUAAACAGCCUCCCCAAGGUGAAGGGUCCGCGCAAUACACUGGUAAUCAGGCACAAACCAAUUGCGACGCUAGGGCCAACUCGAACGCUGGUUGCGGAAUUCAUUCCGCAGAUGGCACUAGUUAUGGCCCAUCCUUCGACGCCGUCGGUGGAGGAUGGUACGCCAUGGAACGCAGAAGCGACAGGAUAUCUGUGUGGUUUUGGCCGAGAGACUCGAGCGAUGUCCCGCAAGACGUGAAAACCGGGGCGGCCGUAAUCCAUACGAAGGCGUGGGGAACCCCAUAUGCGGAAUUCGUCAGCGAUCAAUGCGACAUACCGUCACACUUCGCGAAACACCGUAUUAUCAUCAAUUUGUCAUUAUGCGGCGACUGGGCUGGCAGUGCGUAUUCAUCGUCAGGUUGCCCAGGUACUUGUGUAGACUACGUUAACAACAAUCCAUCUGCUUUCGUCGUCGCAUAUUGGGAAUUCAACUCUGUUAAGGUGUACACAUUGACAGGAUCCAGCUUUGUCCAGAAGAUCCAGGAUGGUCUGAAAGCGGUUCAGGGAAUUCUGCUGAAGAAGAUCCUCUCGCCAUUCUAGGGUGGACAGUGGUAGGCUAAGAGGACCCUGAAGGCGGGACUCAGUGCCGUUCAAUAUUAUCAGGGAGCACUCCCAUCGCGAUGUGAUCCGUUUGCGACUGUUCUGACCGAUGACUCGACAGAAAUUCUGCGUGUUAACUAAUGCCAGUGUAUCAUGAGAAUAUAGGAAAUGGACCAG